CGAAGCUGAAUGGAGCUAAAAAGUAGAUAAUUAACUAAAAUACGCCUACCCAAAGACUUUCGAAAAAUGGCGGAGUUUUAUUAAGAAAUUUUAUUUUGUUUAUAAUCUUAAUAAAAGUAAUAAUUGAUUACUUCUCAUCUAAUGCAGUUAGCGAUAAAUCUUCGAAAAAAUGCGAAAUACUCAAGCUAAAGAAAUUUUCCACAUUUGGCUCACACUUUUCGCAGUUACGAUAUUUCUUCAACUGGCAAAGUGCGGGCCACCUAAAGUGUGUCCAAUUUAUUGUAUUUGUUUUUUAAAGAAUAACUUCAAUCACGCAGACUGCAGCGGAAGUCGUUUAAUAAAUCCAAAUUCUGCUGUGCCCUAUGAAGUUCAAUCUCUGGAUUUGAGCUACAAUGACAUUACUGAACUGGACAAUGAUUGCUUUCAGGGCUAUAAGAACCUCAUCAAUAUAACCAUCGCGCACAAUGCCAUACACACCGUCUUCCUAGAUGCCUUUGUGCCAUUGAAGCGCAUGCGCGCUAUUGAUCUCUCCUACAAUCGUCUCGAAUUCAUUGAUCCGCGCAUUUUCGAAUCGAAUCGUAAAUUGCACACUCUCAACUUGGAGGGUAAUAAGUUCAUGACCCUGGCCAAUGCGCCGCUCUUGCACAGCAAAUCACUACGCAGCCUUAAUUUGGCGAAUGCACAGAUUAAUGUACUCCUACCAGACUGCUACAGCAGACUGCCGCAAUUGCAAGAGCUCGAUUUGGCGCGCAAUCUCAUAAUUAUGAUUGACAAAUUUGCUAAGCAGCCGCCAAACCAGCUGCUGAAGCUAAACUUAGAAGAAAAUAAUUUAAACUGUGAUCAAACAUUGCAGGCAGCCCUUAAGCAGCUAAAGGCAAGAAAUGUUCAGAUUACUUACAGCAACUGCCAACCAGCGGGUCCAGCAAUAAAAAGAACAAUGGAGGGUGCGAAAAAAUUGGAACGCAUGGAAUUGGUAGAUGAAACAAGGGCAGGCAUAGAAGAUGAAGGCGAUGUUGGUGAUUCACCAGAGAACUUCGAUGAUGCCAUUCGAGGUGGUGAUCUCUCUGGCUGGCAUUUCCCACUCUCUUCCGAUGAAGAUGAAGACUAUUACAUAGACUUCGAUGUGGAUCAGAACGAAGAAGGUGAUGAGUCCUUAAUAGCCCACAACUCAUCAUCAGAACUCAUGAAUAAAACAUGUCGCCUUUGGUGCUAUAAGAAUGGCUGGAGAAAACCAUUUUCGAAAAAUGAUUUCAACGAUGCAAUCGAUUUCAGCGUGAAACAGUACUCGAACUUCGAUUUAUUAUUCGCUUUAAUUUGUGGCAUUGCCAUUGGCAUAGCACUCACUAUAUUUAUUGGUAGCUGUAUAAUUUGUAUUUGGCGUUGUGCUUCUUUAAAAGCAAAACGCGUACAAGUGGAAGAUCCCUACAACAGGCACUAUGCUGCAGUGCACCAAGCAGCAGCACCAUUGCCACCACCACGUGCUUCGCGUUCAACAGUAGACGCCAUUCGAAGGCCCUCAACGCAAGAUCCAGAACCUGAGCCAGAAUCAGAGCCCACACCUAACCAUGAGCGGUAUCCAGUUGUUUUGCCACAACCGCCGCGUCGACGUCAGCGGCAGCGCCAGUGCCGUCAUCCAUCAGUGCAACGCGCUGUGGUACGUCAUGAUCAGCUGGCUCAUCCAGGUGGCAAUAAUUUCAUAUCACGUCUCUUCGGUAGACCGGCACGUCAUCAGUAUUAUCGCACUAUUAAUGAGAAUACGGCGACUUUGAUACGGCGCCUGAGCCUCAGCAAUCUUUUCAAUAACAGGCUGAGCCAGCACUUUGGUGAUCGUGAUCGUGAUCGCAAUACAACAAACUCAUCGCCGAAUGCACCUGAUAGUCCAGACGGUGUUAGUGACCUCAACCUGAACGGUGAAUUGGGAGGGUUGACUAGUGCAACAAGAACGCCUCAUCGUCGUAGACCAGAGACUCCACCACCAUUGUAUAGUGAAAUUGUGUUGAAACAGACUGACUGACAGAAGGACUGACUACUGUAUAGCUGAUAAAAUGUAUUGUAAAAAAGUUUUCCUCAUCUUCAUCAAUACAUUAUUUGCAUAAAAAAAUGUUUUUGCCGCUGAAA